GCCCCUCCUCGCCCCGCCUCGGCGCCCUGAGCUCGAAGUCCGACGGCCCCCGGAGCGCCGGAGAGUGCAGACAUGGAGCUGGGGCUCGCGGGCCGGAGGGCCCUCGUCACCGGGGCGGGCAAAGGCAUCGGACGCUGCACGGUCCAGGCACUGCAUGCUGCUGGAGCGCGGGUGGUGGCGGUGAGCCGGACCCGGGAGGAUCUGGACAGCCUGGUCCGCGAGUGCCCCGGGGUGGAGGCUGUGUGCGUGGACCUGGGCGACUGGGAGGCCACAGAGCGAGCGCUGGGCGGCAUGGGCCCCGUGGACCUGCUGGUGAACAACGCCGCCGUGGCCCUGCUGCAGCCUUUCCUGGAGGUCACCAAGGAGGCCUGUGACAGGUCCUUUGAGGUGAACCUGCGAGCUGUCAUCCAGGUGUCCCAGAUGGUGGCCAGGAGCCUGAUAGCCCGGGGCGCCCCAGGGGCCAUCGUCAACCUCUCCAGCCAGGCUUCCCAGCGGGCACUGCCUGACCACAGCAUCUACUGUUCUACCAAAGCUGCCCUGGACAUGCUGACCAAGAUGAUGGCCCUGGAGCUGGGGCCCCACAAGAUCCGUGUGAAUGCAGUGAACCCCACCGUGGUGCUGACGCCCAUGGGCCAGGCCAACUGGAGCGACCCCCACAAGGCCAAGGCUAUGCUGGACCGCAUCCCCCUGGGCAGGUUUGCAGAGGUGGAGAACGUGGUGGACACCAUCCUCUUCCUGCUG